AUGUUUGACUUGAAUUCGUCUCUAACGGUAUACGUGGCAUAUCUAAGGUACCUAAACUCGGUCACUGUGAGAAAAACGGUUAUCCGCUUAACCGAAAAGGAGCCAAUUCGUUCCGUAAAAAGCAGAUCGCGACUUUUUAAGCGAUCAAUACCGCUAAGGCGAGCAGGCAGAAGAACAGCUUUUCAGAAUAAAAUGAUAGACACGUUAGCCAUUUAUAUUCUCAAUCGUUACCCAGCUCUAACCUAUUUUUAUCGAUCGUUUGAGCCUAUGGCAGUAGGCCUCAUGCUUAGAGGUGAUAAUAUCGUUUCCCGGGACAAACUAAACAUUGUCCUAGAGGCGCUCGUGGAGGAUGAAGCAAACCCAUACACGCUAGAAAGAUGGGUGGUUCCCAACCUCAAAUCUCUUUCUAGACUUGCCGCUUCCCACCUAAUCUUUCGCCAGAGAUUCUAA